AUGGCGGGCCGCAGAACCGGAGGGACCACUCCGGACGGCUCGCAGGCAGGAGACACAAAUAGCAGCGAGCAGAUCGACAGCAUGCGGUCUGAGAUCAGUUCUUUGACACAGCAAAUGGGCCAGCUGGUGCAGCUGGUCGGAGGACUUGCUGCACGUAUAGAGGAGAAGUCCGGCGGUGCCACGGAGGGCGCCGCUGAAAGCGGCGGCGCCGUGGAGAGCCGACCGNACUCCGAGCAACUCGAGGAGUACAAGUUUGAUCCCGCCGACAGCCGCUACCCGCCGGGCCGCGAAGGGCGUCGGCUCCUCUGGGGCGCCUCGAAGGAAGGACCGCUGCGCCACGGGCUCGAGCGCGGCCGCACACGAAGGGAGACCCGGGAGCUGCAAGGCCCCGAGGAGCCGCCGGGUCCAGACGCCGAGCCAGACGCCGAGCAAGCGCUGCUGGCGGAGAUCAUCGUGGACUACGUUUCCAACUCGCUGGUGCGGGAGCGGUACGACGAGGAGCAGGUCAACAUCGAGUACCGGCGUCAGAUGCAUGAGCUGCCUUACGGCACCGAGCUGCAGGAGGAGGCGUUCGGUGCAGAGGCAGGGGACGACGGGUCAUCGCAACCUCUUCAUGACCCGCAGCUAAGUAUCCCCUCGCCCUUCGGCCAGAAGCCAAGUGAUGUAGAGUGCGUGCCCUUGACGUACAAGGAUGUCCUUAACUCCAAGUACAAGGUGCUGUGGGAAGCAGCCAUAGCAAAGGAGUUCGACGGCCACAAGAAGACGGGGACGUUCUCCGAGAUUAGCGGUCUGCCCGAGGGGCGUAAGGCCAUCAGUGCGAAGUGGAUUUUCUCGCACAAGACCAAUGAGAAGGGGCUGAUUGUCGACUUCAAAGCACGUAUGGUUGCGCGUGGUUUUACUCAGAUUCCCGGUGUGGAUUUUCACCACUCAUCAUCCGCAUGCCCUUCCGCGGUGUCCAUCAAAACUAUGGUGGCCGUAUCCACCGAGAAUGGUGGGGCCGUAGUGUGCGCAUCCACGAAGACACAGCCAGUGACGGCUCAGUCGACCACGGAGGCAGAGUAUAUUGCACCCGGGGAGGGCGUGAAGGAAGCGUUGUUCGUGCGUGGUGUUCUGUCGUUCAUUGCGCCCGAGACGAGCGGUGCCACGAUCAGGGUCCGUGAGGACAACGAGGGGGCUCUCGCGUUGGUGCAGAACCCUUUCAGCUCGGCGAGGAGCAAGCAUAUCGACGUGCGGUUCCACUUCAUCCGCGAGCUCUUCAAGGCGGGCAAGAUCACCGCAGAUUAUGUCUCGACAGAAGAGCAGCACGCCGAUAUGCUGACCAAGGUCCUUGGUAGGGGCAAGUUGGAGUACCACCGGAAGGCUCUGAUGAACCUGCCGAUGUAG